AUAGAUCACCCUUUGCACAGUACUGCGGUGGAUGCUUAUGGAGAGGAACAUUCACAAAGCGAGUCACUUGGCCAGGUUUCAGAACCACAAAGGAAAAGUACAGAAAGAAGUAAAAAAACCCCUCGCUCAAAAACGUCUGAUGGUGAUGUUCGGAAACUCAGCCCAACUGAUUCUGAGGGUGAAUCCCUUAAGGAGAAUGCGAAGUCUCUGAAUACUACUCAAUUCCACGCAAAAAAGAAGCGGCCUUCAGAAGAGAACACAUCAGAUCCUUCUGUGGAUAGUCCAUGUUCUGUAAAGGUCUGGUGUCCCAAAGAGAUAAAGAGAUCUCCUAGAGAUAUUACAGAACUGGAUGUUGUUCUGGAUGAAUUUGGGAAGAUAACAGCAAAUUGCAGACAAAGCACAGAAUCAAACAUUUGCAGAAAAGCUAUCAAUAGCUUCUGUGCUGCCUUCAAGGACCAAAUCACUGAUCUUAUAGUGGCAGUCCAGGAAUUAGAGAAUAUGAAGAAAAAAAAUGCCAAGGUAUUAACAGACAUCAAAAAGAAAAGGCAGCAACUGUUGCAACUCAGAGAAGAGCAAUUUGGAGCUGAGCCACAACUGAUAGGCCUACAAAGAGAAUACACCGAGGUACAGGAAAGGCAUUCUGCCUUGAGGCAAGCAACUCAAUUACUUACUGAUUUAAAGGAGCUACAGCAAGACUGUUUGGAUUAUAGAGAAGAAAACCCAAAAGAAAAAGUGGUCUACGGAACUUCCAGCCUUCCUGCUCUUCUGGUGGAGUCGCGGAGAAUUCUAGGAGCAGAAAGACACUUUCAGAAUAUUAAUAUGAAACUGGAGGAGGCUCUGGCUGUACAAAGAGGGAAGUUAUCAGAGAAACAUUAA